AUGACAGUAUCAUACACCGACGACGUUCAGUGGCAACACGGCGACAUUGCCCUCCUCUCAGCCGACGGUGUCCGCCUCCGCGUCCCCCUCAAACUCCAAUCUUCCAGCGCGACGCUCCGUCAGGCUCCGCCGCAAUCGCUGGUCCGCGCCCCAGCCAACGCGAGCACUCUCCGCGCGUUCCUCUCCCUCGCGGCGACGAAAACUUACACCCUCAGCAAGUGGGAGGAUGCACUCCCCCUCCUCCGUCUCUUGAAGGCAUGGGAUGCUCCGCCUCUGCGAGAUGUGGUGUUUGAGUCGGUCCGAGCCGCGCUCGACACGCAGUUCAGCCUCGGCGCCUUCGUUCUCGCCGCCGUUGGUGACAGUCCCGCCCUCGCGCGCGACGUGAUCCAAUCCGCCCUGGACCGGCGGUGGGGCUGGAGCGGGGCCGGUACACCCAACUUCCCCGUCCUCGAUCCAGCCGGAUGGCCAGCGUAUAUGCACACGGUAUGCCCAGGGACUUGGGCAUAUGCUCUGGCUAGGGCUUGGCAACUCACCCGAGAGGCCGAGUCUAACGACGAGGGCGAGCUCCUUGGGUCUAUUUUUGAACGCGUUCUCAUUCGCGCUCGUAACCCUCCCCCAAAGGUUGUUGGGGGAGACGACGCUACCUGGACAGAAGGAGAAUGGUGUCUCCUCUCCGCGGACGGGGUGCGGUUCCGCGUACCCGCGUACCGCCUCCUCUCCCUCAGCCCCGUAUUUCGCGACAUGGUAUCUGUCGGCACUGGAUCGCCUGAUCUCGAGUUCACCGAUCUGGAGAUUGAGAGUGCCCAAGUCCUGCGUCUUCUCCUCCAUUUUCUGACGGAAGGCAAUCUCUCUCCAUCCAACAAUGAUCGUAACGCGGUAGAGUAUACCCUCGACGGUGUGCAUGCGCUCGUGCUCUUCCUGCGUAAAUGGCAAGCUGGACCGACGCUCAACCAUGUUCUUCUGCAAGUCGAAAGGGCGGCGACGCGUGGGGAAUGCUGCGCCUUGAGGGCGUUCAUGGUCGCGGCAGCUGUCGAGGAUGCCGCUCUCCUUUCUGCGCUGGUUGCAAAACACGACGCCUUCUUCCCGGCCUCGGAGACGGAUGGGACGGUCGGCAAAACCGUAUGGGAUCCAUCUGGAUGGCCCCUUGCCAUGUGGGCCCUUUGCUCGCCGAGGUACGCCGCAGCCGCCGCGCGGGCUUGGGGAGAGACUUGCCGGUCGAGCGCGCGGGGGCGCGACUUUCCACGCGCGUUCCGCCAGUGGCUUGAGGUAUGA